AUGGCUCCCAAACCCCCGGCCGGUACCUCCUCGCGAGCAUGGGAGGCAGUCUCCCCCUCGCUCUCCGAAUGGGUGCUGGAUGCCGUCGCUUCGUGGGGGUUUUCCAAAAUGACUCCGGUUCAAGCCUCGGCGAUUCCGCUGUUCAUGGCGCAUAAGGACGUGGUCGUCGAAGCUGUCACCGGAAGUGGAAAGACGCUUUCUUUCCUAGUUCCUGUGGUGGAAAAGCUGUUGCGACUGGAGGAACCCAUCAAAAAACACCAUAUCGGUGCAAUCAUCAUCUCUCCCACCAGAGAACUCGCAUCCCAGAUUCACCAAGUGCUUCUAUCCCUUCUCGCUUUCCAUCCUCCUUCCGCCGCCGCAAUCAAACCCCCAGGAGAAGACGAUGCGCCGCGGGAGAAGUUCUCCGCCUCAACGCUGAAGGUCGUCCCGCAGCUUCUUCUCGGAGGAUCGACAACUCCCGCCGAAGACUUGAGCUAUUUCCUCAAACAUUCUCCCAACGUGUUGAUUUCUACCCCGGGACGUCUCCUGGAGCUCCUUUCCUCUCCGCACGUGCACUGUCCGCAGUCGUCGUUCGAGAUGCUCGUCUUGGACGAGGCAGACCGACUGCUGGACCUCGGAUUCAAAGAGACGCUACAAAACAUUCUGCGAAGACUCCCCAAGCAAAGACGAACGGGACUCUUCAGCGCCAGUAUCAGUGAGGCAGUCGAUCAGAUCGUCCGAGUGGGCCUGCGGAAUCCCGUCAAGGUUCUGGUGAAAGUAAAGGGCACGUCCGGUGUGCAAGACAAGCGCACGCCGGCCAGUCUACAAAUGACCUACCUCACGACGCCGCCCGCGCACAAGUUCCUUACACUACGACCCAUCCUCACCUCUCUCCAACCGACGCCCCAAAAAACCAUUUUCUUCGUUUCGACCUGCUCAGGCGUGGAUUACCUCGCCGCCAUCCUACCCUUGCUGCUGGGAGACGACUUCCAGCUGAUCCCGCUGCACGGGAAACACCCAGCCAAUGUCCGCCAGAAGAACUUCAACCGCUUCAUCAACGCCCACACGCCCUCUAUCCUCCUGACAACCGACGUUGCGUCCCGAGGACUGGACAUCCCAUCGGUCGACCUAGUCGUCCAGAUCGAUCCCCCCUCCGACCCCAAGACCUUUAUUCACCGGUGCGGCCGCGCCGGACGAGCCGGCCGCCGGGGUGUCAGUGUCGUCCUGCUGCACCCCGGACGCGAAGAAGACUACGUGUCGUUCCUGGAAGUCCGCAAGACCCCCGUCACGCCCUUCCCCCACCCCAUCUCCAUCUCAGACUCCGACGCGUCGACGGCGACAGAGGCCGCGCGCAAAAUCAUCAAGCAAGACCGUGCUCUCCACGACCGAGGACAGAAGGCCUUUGUCAGCUGGCUCCGAAGCUACAGCAAACACCAGGCGAGCAGCAUCUUCCGCGUCGCGGAUCUCGAUUGGGAGGCCCUCGGACAUGCAUGGGGGCUGCUGAAGCUGCCGAAGAUGCCAGAGUUGCGGAACUUCACCGGAGACCGCACCCUGGGCGUCGAUCUCGACUGGGAGAAUUACGCAUACAAGGAUAAGCAGCGGGAAAAGCGCCGCAAGGAAGUCCUCCAGGAGAGUGCCGAGGCGGGCGCCCAGCAGACCUCAAACAAGCGACGAGCCAGUGAGAGCGUCGCCUGGAGCAACAAGGUCGACCAGAAGAACAAGAAGCAGAAGCGCCGCGAGCAGAAACAUCUGCAACAGGAGAAGAGGCGGUGGGAGAAGAUGACGGAGGAGGAGAAGCAAAAGGCACGCGAGACGCAGAAGAUGCUUGAAGAGAUCCGGCAGAAGAACGAGGAGGCACGUGCGCUGCGACGCGCAGAGAAAGCCGCCGGAAAGGCAGCUGAUAACGAUGGUGAUGAUGAUGAAUUUGAAGGGUUCGAUUGA